UAAGCUGUUAGCAAUCGGCCUUCAUUAUCUUAUAUUCACGUGGUCUGAUCGAUCAGAUAGUCACUGCACUCACCGGGUGCUUCAAAUCUAAUCGGAAUAACGAGUUUUUCCAAUCGUUGAAAAUGAGAACUCGACAAGCUCUCGAUCAAAGCCCAUGAUUUGACGUCUGCGGUCCUCAGAGAACACAUAUUAUCUGAGACCUUGUGACAACAAAAUCCUGCUGAUAUCUGGGGGGUCGAAGAUAUACUGCCCUGAGUGUAAUGGCGCCCUCGAUGUCACAGGUCCUCGAGGGGACACUAUGCCUUCCCGUAUACUGGCUGGGCGAUUCUUGAAGUUCUUCGAACAACUGCUUGAAAACUAGUCCAAGAAAACCUCCACACGUAAAGAAACGGAACACCGACCGCACGUCCAGCAUGACCAACAGUGGCCCUGAGAGUGGGAGUGAAAGCAUGAAGUAAUGCAAUUACAGAGGAUGGAUGAGCAUUCAGUCUCAGUGUUGAAUUUGAGAUGGAUGGUUCUCAACUUUCUCUCACAGACAAGACAGAGCCAGCAGGUCAACAGUUAGAGCCGGAGGUCGUGAUAACGUCAAUCGGUCGCUAGCUGACAGUGGCGCUAACGAUCGAUCUCUCUUUAGGGCAUCUCGUCUGCUGUAGCGAAAUUGCUCGCUUGCUUUCUCAUGACAGUGAAUUGUGAAAUUGACUGCCCGCAUUUUGAACCGACGCAAGCAAGAGCGAAGAUUCCUUCUCGAUAUCCAUAAAGUACUCACUAACCUGAGGGCAGAAAUCGCUUAAAGCAUCGAGAGGAUAGCCAAGCUUCCAGGUCGGUGGUACAUGGAUUGAAUUCGCUGACAGUAGAAUGGUGUGAAGCUAGACUUUCACCCUCGUGCCCAGCGAGUGUCGUAUCACAAGCAAGGAAGGGGGAAGGGGAGGAAGGAAUUGGUCGAGCGAAGUAAGAAUGGCCGGAGCAGCAGCAGCAGCAGCUGUGCGGAACGUCUUUGUCUAUGGCUCCUUAAUGGCACCGGAGGUUCUGGCAGCAAUAAUACAUCGCGUCCCUCCCCAAGCUACAGCUGUUGUUGCUAAUUUUCAUCGGUACAGCAUACGGAACCGUCUCUAUCCAGCAGUUCUUCCUCUCGCUGGCGGCAACGUUACAGGCAAGGUACUCUUCGACUUAACUCACGAAGAACUUAAGUUGCUCGACGAGUUCGAGGAUUUCGAGUAUACGAGACACUUGGUCGAGACCACCGUCCAGGACAAAGUCACGGACGAUUUGAACAUUUCUAUCGCAGUACCUGUGCAAGCGUACCUGUACGUGUGGGCCGACGCCGAGGAUAAAAGUCUCUACGGGGAUUGGGAUUAUGAGACAUGGAGGACGAACAAUCUGCAGGAGUUCUUAACCAGACAUACAAAUGGAGACGGCCGUGUAAUAGAACCAUGAGGGUACAAGGGUUUAGUUUGAUGUGUACAAUACGUGUGGAUUAGUAGUAAUCGGUACCUUGAAAGCUUGGGCCUGUCUUACUUCGUCGAAGCGAAGUAAGUGAUCGAGCUUUGAAAGAAAUCGGUAAUGCUGGUGGUGAUGGACAAGUCGAUAAAAUUCAGAAGCUCUUGCAAAGAUUCAGUUCAGAGCAGAGCACUGUGUGUAUCGUAUAUUCCAUCUUCACAAUUCCAACUUCAGUUUUUCUGAAGUUCGCCUAAUGUGAUUAAAAUAGUGACAGAGGCAGUCAGUGGUUCAAUCCCACUGGAACUUACUUCUUGCUUUUCCCUCAGUUCACACUCUCACAGUGACCAGAGUGCACAACCAACAGGGUAGUAAGUCGCUGAUAGUGUAGGCUGCACUGCCUGCUCAACCUCCUCCUAGUAAUAUGAUCUUUUCUUUAAAGACAGAUUGGACUCUGGUUGAUACAUCCGUGGCAUCAUUCUGUAUAUUAUGGUGACACUUGAAUCUUGUGGAGCAGUUCUUAAAGAUACAAAGAUCAUGACAAGGUAUUACAACCACCACUACCAUCUCCUGGCCAAAGCACGUGAGCUGAAGGUUUGUAAUCGGCACAGCCUUUCAGUUUUCCGCCAUAACAACUUGCUUCCCAUAAAACUUAUAAACUUUAGAAUUAACUCGAGCAAGCAAGGCACUGACUGCGGCAGCUUCAGCAACAAAGAGGAUUUGGCGCCGUGCAUUUGAUUCGCUCUUGGUACAUCCAGCAGUGCGAUGAAAAGAGCUCGAGACUGUAUAGAGUUCGUAUCAAU